AUGCAGGAGUCCCCGGGACUGGACACGGCCCCUGAGUGGAACGACGGUCGCCAAAUGGUGUCGAUUCACACAUCCUCCGUCAACCACAAACUCAGGGCCGCGGACCUGCACUUUCCUCAGCUUGUGUACCUGGAGAAGGUCAAGACACAACACGUGGUUCUCCGCGAGUGCACCGUCGUCUCCCCCCUCGCCCUGCUCCUCUUCGGCGGCUCGCUGUCCGUGGCGCACACCGACGGCCUCGUGGCCAUCGACGGCUGGCUGUCCGUCGCGGUGCCGGCUCCCAUCGCCGUCAUGAUGAAGGCGCUGCGGCGCGUGCCGGGCGGGCUGAUGGAGGAGAAGAUCGCACGGCCGGGGGCAGACUUCUCAGAGUUCGACUCCGAGUUGUGGGUGCGCUUGUGGGACUGUUGA